AUGCUCAAUCACGCGGAGAAAGGGUGGGUGAGGGUGAGCGAGGCGCGGGUUCACGAAAAAACUGUUGUGUAUUUGUAUUAUGGAGAACAAAAUGUGCCGGUCUCGAAUUUCAGUAAGCUGUCCUUGGGACUGAUCUCUCGUGUGACAAUGAUGCCAGCCAGCCAGCCAGAAAUCAAUCUUUCAGAAUGUGCGAUCAGCUAUCCCGAUGAUUCCCGAAAAUUGAGGGAUUUCACUUUCAUGUCACAUGAAAGACCAACCCCAACACUUACAGCUCACAGCGAAUCCAUUUUUUCCGCUCUUCAACCUCACCACUUCAUACCGAACGAACGAACCGCGAAUUCAAUCAAGUAG